GUUCUUUCUGUCUGAAACAGAGUUUGUAUCAUUAAAAAUAAAAUAAAAUAAUAAAAACUACAGUUAUUAUUUGUAUGUUUUGGAAAGACAUCGACGGAAAAUCAAAAGGAGCAUCAGCAUUUCUACUAAUCACUCACAUUGUUGUUCCACAUAGUUUUAACCUCGUGCACAAAUGCACUGAUGUUUAGAGAGAGAAAAAAAUUGGAAGACGUCCUUAUUUUCAGGAAAAAUAAGCAGUGGCGACUGCGCAGAGGAGACUUCUGGAGCCGUGCGUAAAAGUUGGAGAGUGAAGGGGAGAGAGAGAAUCGGAUGCGAGAAAGAGAGCGACGGGAGAGAGGGAGGGAGAGAUGGAUGCUCCUCGCACUCUUGAAGACAUGAUUCACUGUCUAAGUCCUCUCUGACCACAUAAGGAGGCUCCAGUGGGGCCCCACAGCAGGCGGGACCAGCAAAAAGUUCCGGGAGGGCUGGAACUCCCCGUGAUUGGUUGUUCCCUGCUGUGAUUGACAGGUCGCCUUGUGCGCCGCUCUUCUAAGCUCCGGGUAGUUGACACUGUCCAAAAGUGCGCACGGUUCACUCGGAUAACGGAGGCACUAUUUCAUCUCCUCUGCUGUCGCUGCCUUGUCUCUGUACUUAGGCCCCCGUCUGUCGUCGUGGACUGUCUUACUUCGACUCAGCGUUUGCUACGAACUUUUCUCCAAGUCACCGAGACUCUGUCUUCUGUAUCUCGCUUCUCUGUCCCGGGACGGUGAGUGAAAUGGCAGAGAAGCGGCGCUCCCCGUGCGCCCUGAGCGUCAAGGCGCACGCGUUUUCGGUGGAGGCUCUGAUCGGAGCGGAGAAGAGACGAAGGACGGACGGCGAAGAUGUCAUGUCUCCCGGAUAUGAGGACGCAACAGACGUCUCCAACCUCACCGGGAGCCCGGUACCGCGGCCUGACAGGGUGUCCACCCGGGACCAAGGCAGUGAGGCUGAAUGCGCAAGCGACGAGUCCCCAGAGAGCGAGGACGUGCUGCUGGAGAGUCCGCAGCCCGCAGCUCUGUGCCCGGCGUCGGUUACCGGCACCGGGGAGGAGGCGCGGGUGGAUCUGCAGGGAUCAGACCUGUGGAAACGGUUCCACGAGAUCGGCACGGAAAUGAUUAUCACCAAGGCUGGACGACGGAUGUUCCCUGCUAUGCGUGUGAAGAUCACUGGUUUGGACCCACACCAGCAGUACUACAUCGCCAUGGAUAUAAUCCCAGUGGACAACAAACGCUACAGGUACGUUUACCACAGCUCAAAGUGGAUGGUGGCAGGAAAUGCAGACUCGCCAGUGCCACCCAGAGUGUACAUCCACCCAGACUCCCCGGCCUCAGGGGAGACGUGGAUGCGUCAGGUGGUCAGCUUUGACAAACUGAAACUGACCAACAACGAGCUGGACGACCAGGGACAUAUCAUUCUACACUCCAUGCACAAGUACCAGCCCCGGGUCCACGUGAUCCGAAAGGAGUGUGGAGAGGAGUUGUCCCCAGUCAGAGCCAUUCCUGCAGGGGAAGGCACUCGCACAUUCUCCUUCCCUGAGACGGUGUUCACCACAGUCACUGCAUAUCAGAAUCAACAGAUUACAAGGCUUAAAAUUGACAGGAACCCCUUUGCCAAAGGCUUCAGAGACUCUGGCAGAAACCGAAUGGGUCUGGAGGCUUUGGUCGAGUCUUACGCAUUCUGGCGACCAUCUCUGCGAACUCUUACAUUUGACGACAUCCCUGGCAUGGCUAAGCAAGGCAUGACAGGUGGUCCCGGAGGAGUUGGUGCAUCGUCCCACUUGCUCUCCACCUCCCCGUGCUCCUCACCUUUCCAGGUUUGCUCCCUGAGCUCACCUGACUACACCUGCAGUCGACCAACACACCCCCUUCACCGCUUCAGCAACCACCCAGAACCCUUUCCCUCCCCCAGAGGCCCAUCAUCCUAUGAGGGCGAAGGAUUCUGCACCCUGCCCCUUCCUGCCUCUCAACUAAGCUAUCUUUCCAACCCCGCAACACAAGGUUAUGCCAGUCUGCGACUUCACACACCACCUUACAGCCUGUACGGUUACACAUUCCCUCCCUCACCACGUCUUGCUGCCAGCCCCGAUAAGAUGGCCGCCCCUGCUACUGCCAAUCAUCAAAGUCCGUUCCUCGGCUCUUCUCCCAGUGGGACAUUGACAGACAGUUUGGGUGUGCUCAGUGGAGGACAGCAAGGUUUUCUGUUUGACUCUCGGACUUUAGGACUGGCAGGUAGCCAGGCGGGUGGAGGUCCCUCACAGGUCACUGCUCACAUGGGCUGAAUUUGAUUCAGGGCAUGUAGGGUUGCUGCGCAAAACAAAACAACACCAUGGAAUGGGUGUAAGUUGUUUUUGAUUCCACGUAUUAAUCAUCUGAGGCAUUUGAGCACAGAUGAAGCCAAAGAGUGACAGUUGAGGCCUUGCUUCUUUGAGCACACGUCAAAAUCACUUAACUGAAGGGGAUAUUCCUUAUCUCUGCGGUAUCUUUUUGGUGAAAAGCAUAUGCGGCUGCAGUCUUCACAAGAAAUGUCUCGUAGCUUUGAUUAAGGAGUCCAGGCAACACAACACGGACUGAACUGGAACUGAAUAUGUACAGGGCAGGGCUGUUGGCCCACGCAGGCACUGCAAGCAAGCACUUCAACCCCUGGCAGGAGGCCCCGCAGCAGAAACUGUCAUGCUCACACAAACACUAUUCUGCCAUGCCCUCUAUUCUUGCUUACUAUGAACGGACUUCUGAAUACUACCUUUACUUUCUUUUAGGAGUAAAUUGUCCAAUUAUCCUUGGUCAAUAACGUGUCUGGUUGAUAGAGUAAUGUCCACAAUGUAUAACAUGCACUAUAGGCAGGAUUAUUUUACACCUGAAAACAACGUUAACAUUUGACACAAAGAGCCUCAUGUACUGUUUAUAUUAUGAUGAUGUCACUGUCCUUAGAAACCAAGAGACAAUGUUGGACUGAGAACUGGAUGGACUGAUCUAUAUAUCAUACAGUAGAUGCUGAGGUUCUUGGUUGUGCGACACAGAUGGUGCACACAACUUCUCUGUAUUUGGAAGGGUAUUAAAUAAGAUGUGUAUAUAAAAUUCUCUGUGACCCUUCGCACUUAAAAACCCCAAUGCACCUGCUUCAACUCUUAAGACUGGAUGAGGUGGACAGCAGCCAAUAAUCAAGCUGAUUGAAGAGCUUUUUGAUAUACAUCAUAUAUUGCUGCCCCGUCCAGCAGAGGACAUUAACAAGAUCUUUAUGUGAUCUGUUUGAGCCAAAUAAAAUAUAUUAAUGCCACUAUUAUUAUUGGUCAACUCAUCAAUAUUUGCAGUUGUUGUUCUAAAACAGCUUCAAAUACCAGCAUGAACAUGCAUGACAUAGAUAACCAAACACCACCUCAUGUAUUUUUCUGCCACUCCUUAUUUUCUUAUAUAUUUUCACAGAUCCUCUCCCGGCACCAUUUCGUUUAAAUCCUGUCAAACCAAA